CCCGGCGAAAAUAGUGCAUGUAACGUUUCGGUGUACUUAGCUAAACAACUUCAUACUUUCAUAUUUCCAAGCUGUAAUUUAGAAGUAAAAAUAAUAUCAACAAAACUAUGUUUUCCGCACCCGCAACUGGUUCUGCUUCUGCCGCUGCGCCGGCACCUGCUACCACUGCAGGAGAGCCCGGCUCCAGACCGAGUGGGGGUGGUAUGAUCCUCAAAAAGGCAAUUGAUAUGACAGGAAAGUGGAAAUGUCCUAUCUGUAAUUGCGUCACACCUAUCACUAAGAAAAAGUGCGUUGCUUGUGAGGCACCAGCACCAGGUGUCACAGAAGAAGAUCUGAAAAGAGAAAAACAGGAGGUGGCUAAUAAAUUUGGAGGUGGAGGUGGUGGUACCAGUGGGUCGAUAGGAGCUGGGAGUGUAUUUGGAGGUGGUGAUGCGGGGAGUGUAUUUGGUGGUGGAAAAUUCAACUUUGGAGGUGCAGCGACAACUGGCGGUGAGACUGGUGGAGCUUCUUCGUCAAGUAUUUUUGGUGCACCACCUGCUGGAGGUAGUGUAUUUGGUGCAGCGCCAGCUGCUGGAGGUAGUAUUUUCGGCGCCGCACCUUCUGGUGGAGGUAGUAUUUUUGGAGCAGCACCAGCUUCCGGUGGAGGUAGUAUUUUUGGUGCAGGAGGAACUAGUACGACAGGUGUCUUCGGUUCAUCUCAGCCAACCAGUACUCCAGAUCAAGGUGCAGGUGGAGCAUCCUCUUCCUCUGCGUCUUCUGCAUCCGGCGGCUUUGUUUUCGACAAUGCUAGUUUGAGGACAAGUGGUGGAGUAGGUGGCUUUUUUCCUGCAGCUUCCUCUCUCGGAGGAGGUGCGAGCGGACCAACCGCAAAUGCAGGAGGCAAAAGCGACUCUCCACACAGCAAUGUAAACCCCUCCAACGUCCAACAUGCCAAAGCCAAGGUGAAACCAGCGGACAAGUGGGACAAUCUUCCUCGUGGAAAGCCUGAGAAAGGAGUCAACAGUGGCGAGGUGUUGAUUUUCGGGUCUGGCGAAUGCGAACAACUGGGUCUGGGAGAUAACGUCACCGAGAAGAAAAAACCGGCCUUGUUGAAACAAUUGAGCAACAAGCAAGUCAUCAAGAUCACAGCUGGCGGACUACACACUCUGGCUUUGUGUCGUGGAGGCAGAGAGCUCUAUUCUUGGGGCUGCAAUGAUGAUGGAGCUUUGGGUCGAGCGAGAGGGAGUGUGGAAAAUGAGCCACGACUAGUGGAAUUUGAUAAAGGGCAAAUUUCGACGCGAGACUUCGUAUUGGAUGGUAUCUCUGCUGGUGACAGUCAUAGUUGCGCGAAGGAUGUCAACGGAAACGUUUUCCUUUGGGGCGUAUUCAAAGAUGCGAAUGGGUAUUCUGUCUGCAUCUACAGCUUUCUGUGUCUACUAACAAGCCGACUUUCCUCUGCAACUAGACUUCCUCAUACUAUCACUCCUAUCUAGUAUUGUCCAUUACGAUAAAAACAUAGCAAUAGCUGCACGCUACCCGCGGCCGCCUACUUGCUCCCUACAUCAUUCACUCCCAUUCUUGAUAGAUCUUGCAUCCUCCAGCAUAAUUCUGCAACAUCAGGUACGUCGGUUUUCCUGACUUGAAUAAAUUUGGGGACGUCCUAUGGCGUUUCGACGACGAUGCGGGUAAGAAGGUUCCAGCAGUUGCGCAAUAUCCUGUAGAAGUUAAACAACUGCCACCCGUCAAAGAGAUAGUCUCAGGAGCUGAUCACGUCGUGGCGCUUACGAAGACGGGCACGGUACCGAAGAUUUUUAUUAAGAUCGUUCUUCGUGGAGUAGAGCAUUUCUUUGCCUGCAUCUGCAAGCAAGGUGAAGUCCGAGUCUAAACAUGAUGAAUGAUGUGUCUAUGUAUCUAUGUAUAAGAACUUCUCGUCACACCACGAACAUGAUCCUAUUAAUCGACAAAUAAACAUCUACAGAUUUUCUCCUGGGGUAACAACGCUCUCGGACAGCUCGGACAGGGCGAAUUAACACCGGAGCAACCCGCUCCUUCAGGCGAUGACGCGAAAGACAAAGAAAACGUUGACAAAUUCAAGGCGAAAAAGCGAUCCUACCUCUUCCCCAAGCCAUUAGUGAUGCCGGCAGACGAUCCUUUGGCCCUACGAAUCGGUCGCGCUGGGGAUGCAACCUACGUUGUCUCGAAAAAAUUUCGGACUUACGGCUGUGGUCUAAAUGGAGAUGGGCAAUUGGGUACUUUCAAUUUCAAAAAAAAUGUGAUUGAUAUGAGCCAAGAUCUUCACUUUUUUAUGUUGAUAUGUUAUCUUUCGUUCGCCUUCACAACUCUUUCAGGCAUCGGCGUUUGUGACGAGAAGCGACCUUGUGAGCCUAGUUUAGUGGAGAUCAAGGAGUUCCGCGGCAAGCAGAUUACUUGUAUCAACGGCGGCCAAUUCCACGGCGUCGCACUUGAAACGACGUCUUCGUCUUACACUCUCUACACCUGGGGUCGUAAGAUCUACACUGGUUUGAACAUGCCUGGUGGAAAGGGCGCUGCGGCUAUCAGUGCAGCAGUGAAAAACCCUCUGAGCAACAACGGCGCCGCCGCGACAAAUGCGGACAAUAUCAUUUCCCCGGUUCCUAUUCCCCAUGAAUCUUUUGCCGACCAAAAAAUCGUGGACAUCGUCUCUGGUUUGUACCACGUGCUAGCGAUCAGUGACCGAGGUGACGUCUUCGCUUGGGGAAGCGGAGAAAUGUUUCAGCUAGGAAAUUCCCCCAAAGAUGUUGACAACUUCACACCUGAAGAGAGGGAUUUAGAAGUUGGCGAAUCUGAACACGUUCCGCGGUUGAUUCAUGCCUCACAGCUCAAAGACCGGUUCGCACUCGCCGCGUCUGGUGGUGGGCAACACAGCGUAAUCCUAGCUUGGGAUCCGAGUAUCAAAGAGACCUUCAAGAGAAGAGCAAUGUCAGCUUUGGCGGCAGCUGAGAGUUUCAACAUUGUGGUCGAACAAGAAGCGGACGAGCAGGAGGCCAAAGCGAAAGUCGCGAAGACGACUUUCCCAGUUUUUGACUCUUCUGCCGCUGCACAAAACAUGAAUGUCGAAGAAUCCAAGUCGUCGGCACCUGGAGCUUUCCCAGAAUUGCAAGACGAAGGCAGCAGCGGACCUCUGAAGCUAAAGAGUCCCCCACAUGAGCACAUCCGCACGAUGAAGCGUUCAGCCGAGGCGAUCAACAACGACGAUGAUGGCAGGAGUCCACCUAGAAAGAGACCAAAACUGGUUUUUUCCAGAGAUGUGGUGCACCAGUGUCUCGCAGAGGUAGAGGCGUUCACUAGAAUGAAGAAAAGCAUUCUGAAAGAUCCGGAGAUUGAUAUGUUAGAUGAAGUGUGAAGGUAGUCAUGAUCAUGAAUAUGGUUCGCUGUGCUUUUAGCAUCUUCAUGAACAAGACACAUGAACUUUUGCAAUUUGCACUUUCUGAUCGUUUCAAUAGCAGGAGAUGUAGAAUGUGAUCGUGAUGAUCGUAAUUCACAAUCAUAAACUCUUCGAGUAGACGCAACAGCAACUUGUUUGCACCCUAUGCUGUUUCUAGGAGGUACACGACUAUUGGCUAU